AUGGAUUAUACAUUUAUAUAAAAUAGUGGGAAUUUCAAUUUUUAUGGAUUGUUCUCCUAUUUUAAAUUAUCUUUUUAGCAAGAUUUACAGUUGAGUUAAAUGAUUUAGAAAGUAAAGGAAGAUAAUAAUAUUCUUGAAAAAAGAAUAUGUGAUCCAGAAUUUUCAUAUAAUCCAAAAUUGUUUUGUAUCAACAACUAUCCUAAAAGUUUUAAUUUAAACAAUAUCAUCAUAUAUUCACAAAAAGAUACUAGGUAAAAAAUUAUGUCUUGCAAAUUAUUUGGGCCUUAAUUUAAAGAUUAGUAUUUUUAUGUUUUAGGUUUACGAUCUUUACUUUAUUAACCUAUUACUUUUGAGUAAAGUAUUUAAUAUAUGUGUAUAUUCUCAAACUUAAUUUAGCCAAAAGAUUAUAUCCUUGGGUAGCAUUCGAUGUUUUUGUAAAAAAGAAAUAAUUAGUACUAUUUUUUGAUUUUAUCGAUCACGUUUAUUGUGAAAUAUAUGAUGGUGAAUAAACUAAGAUCAUUCAUUUUGUUUAAUUAGAAGUAAAAAAUAGGUGAUUAUUAAGAAAGUGACUUAUGGAUUUUAAUUGGAUGAAAUCAUAGUAACAAACAAUAAUAAAUGCAUUAUAUAUAGAGCAAGAUAUUAAGAAUAAAGAAACUAUAUUGCAGAAGUGUUUCGUUUUGCUAUUGCUAAAGAUCUUGAAAUAAAAUUAAUGUCUCAUUUUAUAAAUCCUAAUGAUUCUGAUUUUAGAGCAAAAAUGAUAGAACAAGAGAAUGUUAUAAUUUAUUAUUUAUUUUAGAGUUUAAAAGUAGUAUAACAAUCAACAUUUAAAUUAAUAAGAAAUGAUAGAGUCAUUCCUCCUUCACCUUUCCUUACAUAUAAAGGUAGAAUAAUAGGUGAUUAUUUAUAAACACCUUUACAUGGAAAUUUUACUUAUUAUAUUAGUUUAGGUUAAAAUAACAUUGUUUAACAUAAGUAUUCACAAUAUUUUAUUUCAAUAAUUCCUUAUAUGUCAGAUCAAUUCUAUAUGGAAGAAACAUAAUGUUAAACUUGUUUGGGAUUGCAUGUUGGUAAAUAAUUAAAUUAUGCUUAUUUUGGAAGUUCUUUAGAAAGAGAAAACUUUUCAAAUGUUAUUAAAGCAAGAAAGAGAGGAUUGAUUAAUUUAGAUGUAAUAUUUAUCCAUUUUGAAGAAGAUAGUUUAGAUAGAUUAGUUUAAUUUAAAAGAAUUAAAUUAAAAGAAAUAAAUUAAGCAAUUGAAUAGACAGAAUUAUAACUAAAAUAAUUAUAAUCAAUAAAAAAUGAAUUAGAAAUGGAUGUGAUAGAAGGAGAAUUGAAUUCAGCAGUAAAAUAAAAAUACAGUAGUUUAAUGAUAUAAUCACAAUCCUUAUUACAUGAAGUAUCAGGAUUAAAUUCACCUAGCUUUUAGUAAUAAAAAUGA